AUGCGAUUGGAUGAUCCUGCGGAACAAAAAGAAAUUGGUGAGGAUGGGUGGUCGAAUAGUGAUGAGAAUAUAAAUGUUGAUUGCGGCACAAAUGGACAAGCAGUGGGACCAACUGACAAGGCAGUUUGUAAUUUAAGCAACUUCAUAGGAACAGUUGCAAGGAAUCCCAGAUUUAUCACCUUGUUUUACACUAGUUGUCAUGCUGUUCCAGUUGAAACUAAAAAACGCAUAUGGGAUUAUGUCAAUUCAAAGUUUUUGAUUCCAAAGGAAGGACAAAAAUGGGUGAUGCAUGGUCUUCGUGAUGCUUGGAGGGGAUUCAAGAGAGAAGUUAAACGGAGAUGUUUUGAUAAAACACUUAUUGUUGAACAAAUGCUAGCAAAAUGUCCCUCUGGCAUUCCAGCUAUUCACUUAUGUCAGUUGAUCGAGUAUUGGAAGCUUCCAGAAGUUGAAGCCUUGAGCGAGCACCGGACAAAAGAAAAUAAUGAGGAACCAUUAAAGGUUGAAAUGUUUGUUGCAACUCGUACAAAGACGGGAAAAGAAGUUCAGGCAGAUACCCAAAUUGCAAUAUAUGAACUAGAGAAUUAUCAAAAUGAUGGGAAAACACCAGAUGAUGCAUUCACGAUAGUGUUUGGAAAAGAGAAGCCUGGUCGAGUUAGAGGCUAUGGUAGAUCAGUGACAAGAACUUCUCUGGAAAAAGAUGAGGAAAUGAACGAGCUUACACAAAAGAAGGCUAAUGAAGUCACUUCUAUGAAGGACUAA